GGAAAAAUCAAUAACAAUGGAAGGAACAAGGAUCAUUAAAAGCGGACGGCAAUAUCUCGCACACCGGCGCCGCUGCUGGUUUCUGUGGCAAUUUAUCUUUUCAUUUGCUUGAAGAUGUGACGAUGGCUCAUAGGAUUGAGCAAAAGCUCAUAUAAUUGAUCAAAGCAGGUUUUAGCAACAAAGCCAAACGAUGGUUUCUAAAUAUGCUGCUGUGUUUGUGCAGUCUAAAGAUAACUGUGUUUUAAAGACGGUUUGGACAGAUAUGGAAGGUGAAAUCUUAGAAUCAAAAUACCAGCAAAAUAGCACUACGAUUUUGUAUGAAAUGAGGAAGAAAGGCCGGGGAUUCACUAACAAUCCAAGAACAGACGUUAUUUUGGAUAAAAAGUCCAUAACCAAAGAUCACAACAUCAAUUUGUACGAUCUACACUUCAACUGGCCUCAUGCCAAUCUAGUGAGAGCACUGAAUAUAGACAAAGUAGCAAAAAUCAUUGUGUUUCAGAAAUAUGAUUGCCAUAGUUAUUAAAGGCGCGCCUGAGGCGCGCCUCAGGCGAGAGGCGACUCAGGCGAGGGCUGAGUCGCCUCACAUGGCCAAAGGCGGGCGAUGUCGCAAAGGCGACCGCCUUUGUCGCCUCAGUUGGGAGGCGAGAGGCCAGAGGCGCUCGCCUCUGUGAUUUCAGGGCUGUUUAGUGUUUUUUUUUAAAAAAAAAAUUAAAUGCUAAUCUGUUUUUAUGGGCUUUUUAAGUGUAAUUAAGCCCUAAACACAUUUAAAAAAGCUGCUGGGCCACCUUUUUAACCUAGUAUAAGUAUAAUACUAGAUUAACAAAAUUAGAAACACAACUAUACAUAUUCCAAUUCUUCUUCUUCACGCAAAGACUCUCUUUUCUUCUUCAACGGGUCCUUUCUUCUUCAAAGCGAUUAUUGCAUUGAUAAUUAGUUAUCUUUUAACUUAGACUUUAAUAAUUUGAUUAGUACUUUUGAACUUUUGAAUUAUAUUUGAAUUUUUUUUUAAAUGCAUAGGGUUUACAUAAUAUAUAUAUAUAUAUAUUAAUUAAUUAUUCGCCUUUUCUCCAAAAGGCUUUCGCCUCGCCCCACGCUUUGCGCCUCAGGCUUUUUGACCCUUGUCGCCUCGGGUCGCCUUUCGCAUUUAAUAACUAUGAUGAUUGCAAAUUCUCUGAGUGGUUACGCGCCAAAUCAGUGUCCUGUGUUUGUGGAUAUACAACUGUCCCCUGUACGAGUUCAUCAGUAGUAGGUAAAGUGGUGUACUAUGUAACAGAUGAAAUGAAAAAAAUUAUUUCUUCUAUGGUCGAGUUUUUAUGUGCUUUGCACACUAAAAAGAAUCUCGUCGCUGUCAGUUUUGGGAUACGAAACUUGGUUAUGGUGGGCGGUGAAGUAAAGUUUUAUAAACUCAGAACUGAACUUGCAACUGAAGAAGGAGUGAAAAAAGAUUUUGUAGCUCUCAGGAAUUUUUUGAAUAUGCAUCUCUUUGCAUCGUCCCUUGUACCACCACAAAUGACUGAAUUUCUUAAUCUGCUUAGAUCCAACAAUAUUCGGAGUUGCCAGAGUUGGCUUCCAAAGCACAUAGCUCUUAUGGGCCAUAUAGAAACUAUUGAGUUUGGCCGCAGGUUUUAUGAGAUAAGUAAUACUUUCCAAGGCAUGGGAAGUUAUGCGGAACAAGCCUACAAAAAAGCAGUUGCUCGAUUAGGGUCUAACCAGAAUUGGACCAAAAAACUGAAAGAUCCUCGAUGUAAAGCUUUGCAGGACUGUUUUAAUGGUCAUAGAUGUCGCUACAAAGAUACAUCUCCUGAUGACAAUAUUGUGAACCAUGAGAUGAUCAAAUGUUGGAGGCAUACCUGCACCCAUAUGAGAGAGAAACUGAAGCAGGGUUCACAUGUUAUUGAUGCAAUUCUUAUGGAUGUGUUUGGAGAGAAAAUUGCUCAGUUUCAAGUAUUGUUGUCUCAAAAAUGUAUUCUGCAUCGCUUUCUGAACUAUUGAUGAUUUGUAAGCGGCGGCGGCAGAACAUGAAGCGGUGGAUGGAUAAUAGAUUCAAUUAGGUCGGCAGUAUAAGAGAGUUAGGAGUAGAGGUAGAGGCGAUCCACGGCGAUGGAAGUGGAGGCGAUCUUUAGUGACCGUAGUGAAUGGAAGCGGUGGAUGGAUGAUAGAUUCGAUUAUGACGGCACUAACGUUUAGCCAUUGUUUUGGCUUAAUCUAGUUUUAAUUGAAUUAAAUUUGUCAUGCAUUUGAAGAAUUUUUUAGCAAUAUGAUUUAGAUAUAGAACAAAUUCCUAUCCUUGAAAUUCAAUUGCAGGAAAAUAUUUCUGAUUGUUGAAAGUAGGAAUGUAAAUUUGAAAUUUUUGUUUAUUUCUAUUGAUGAUGGAUGUAUAUAAAUACACAAUAGGAUAAUUUUUUUUCUA